CUCCUCUUGAGCUUCCUGACUUCUCAACAUGGACGGCUAUCAAUUUCCUUGCGAUCCUAUUGCCAGCUCAGAGUCCACCAUUGCUGGCCCAAACUACCGCUUCACGUUGUUGGAUGACAAAGUCCUGAGAUAUGAAUGGGCCGAAGAUGGACAGUUCGAGGACCGUGCAUCAACUUUUGCCCUCUGGCGGAAGUUUCCCAAGCCCAACUUUCGCCUCUAUGACAAGAAGGAUCAGCUGGAAAUAGUGACACCGUUAUUUCACCUCACCUACAACAAGCAGGAGUUCUCUCCCAAUGGCCUGAAGGUAGAGUUCACGGCCAAGUUGACACAUUGGGGAGCGGAGUGGCGAUAUGGGCAAGCUGGAUCUGACAAUCUGGGCGGCACUGCCAGAACGCUCGAUGGCGUGGAUGGAAGGUGUGAUAUGGGCAAUGGCAUCCUAUCCCGAGCGGGAUAUUCAGUGUUGGAUGACUCUCAUAGCAUGCUCUUCGACGGCAAAGGGUUCGUGACGCCCCGCCGGCCGGGUAGACGUAUCGAUGGCUAUCUCUUCGCAUACGGUACAGAUUACAAGGGUGCCAUGGAGUCGUUCUACGCCGUCUCCGGCCAUCAACCAUCGAUCCCACGCUGGAGCCUGGGGAAUUGGUGGAGCAGAUUCUAUCCCUAUAAUCAUACGGAAUAUGUGGCUCUCAUGGACAAAUUUCGAGAGAACGAUAUACCAAUGUCGGUGGCAGUCAUCGACAUGGACUGGCACUGGAGAAAAGAAUCUUUCGUGCCACACAGUGGGUGGACAGGUUACACAUGGAACACAAAUCUGUUUCCAUCGCCGAAAGCCUUUACUCAAGAAUUAUAUGAUAGAAACCUCAAGAUAACGCUCAACGAUCAUCCUCACUUGGGAGUGCAUAAACACGAGGACGUAUAUCGCGAGCUAGCUCGACGAUUGAACCAUGAUAUCACGCAUGAAGAGCCGAUCCCAUUUGAUCCAACCUCGCCUCGCUUCAUGCAAGCUUUCUUUGAUCUCGUUCAUCGGAAGCUGGAAGACAUCGGAUGCGACUUUUGGUGGAUCGAUUGGCAACAAGGCUCUGAUUCUGCUAUCCCAGGCUUCGAUCCAUUGUGGCUAUUGAACCAUUUCCAGUUUCUGGACACCGCAAAGGCCAGACCAGACUCUCUGCCGCUGAUCUUCUCAAGAUACGCCGGUCCAGGCAGUCAUCGAUACCCUGUUGGCUUUUCAGGAGACUCGUUUGCAACAUGGGCGUCCCUCCAGUUCCAACCAGAGUUCACUGCCACGGCUUCGAACAUUGGAUUUGGCUGGUGGAGUCACGACAUCGGAGGUCAUCUCCCUGGCGAACGUGACGAUGAGUGUACGACAAGGUGGGUACAGUAUGCAGUAUUCUCGCCAGCACUACGUCUUCACUCGAGCGAUAGUCGCUGGAACUCGAAAGAACCAUGGCUGUAUCGCGAUGAGUGCAGGAUUGCAAUGCGAAAUGCUUUGCAAUUGCGCCAUCGGCUCGUGCCAUAUAUCUACUCGGUCAGUGCAUCGACCGAGUCGACCUUGCCAUUGAUCCAGCCCCUGUACUGGAACUUUCCUACGCGCGAUGUGGCAUACCAGUUCCCGAAUCAGUACUUUUUUGGACCUUCGCUCGUAACAUCUCCCGUUGUGACUCCGCGAGACACGAGGACCAAUCUUUCCAAAUGCAGGGUUUGGGUUCCCCCACAGCGACAUGUCGACAUCUUCACAGCAGCCGUGUAUGACGGAGACCGCGAGCUUGAUAUGUACAGAUCGCUGCAGAGCGUACCUGUUCUAGCACCGGAAGGAUCCAUCAUUCCUUUGGAUCGAGAGACAGCACCAGCAAAUGGGUGCAAGAACCCGGUUGCCUUUGAAGUAAUCGUCGUUGUGGGUAAGGACGGCCAGUUCAAGAUCGUCGAAAACACGCAAGAUGAUCGCAAGCGGGGAGAUGAGCCUGCCGGACAGCGCACGAUUGAAAUCUCAUACGACCAGGCUGCUGGCCGGCUUUUGUUCGACAGCGGCGUUGGCAAAGCGUGGACAUUUCGAUUCAUCUCCACGCACAUUGCGCCCUCGUCGAUCAAGUACACCGUUGAUGCGAUGUCUCAAGAGGAGGCUGAGUUUGAAGUCCAAAGCUUGCACAAUGGCACGGGCACAGUGGUCAGAGUCACGCCGAAGGCCAACACCAAAGCAGUCAUCGAGAUAGGUCCCAACCCGCAGCUCACAGUCCAUGAUCACACGGAGACCAUCAGUCAGCUUCUACGUGAUUACCAAACUGGGAUCAAUGUCAAAGACAAGAUCUGGGACAUCAUACAAACGGAUCAGCCGACCACGGUCAAGAUUGGCGCGCUUUUCAGUCUUGGGCUGGAAGAACCUUUCUUGGGUCCUAUCAUAGAGCUGUUGCUUGCGGAUAGCCGCGAGUAAAGUAUGUGAAGUGCACCUAGUUGCCCACAAAGCGUUGAAAAUGCUAAACCAGAUCCUUCUUUUCAGAGGUGGCGUGAACCGAGUCUGUCUGCCAAGUUGUGUCUGGCGACUACGACGCCAUACAUUUUGGUUUCGUAGGUCGGAUACAGAAUAGUCUGCUUCUGCGCCGCGUAGAUAGCGAUUCCAGAGUCUUGGCCAUCCACCAAUCCCACCCAUCCAGCUGAUACCUAUGCGAUCGAGGCACGCCAACCAACUCUGCCUACUAGACACUCCCGGGGGCCUCGUCAUCAUAACUGCCCCGUAGUAUACCCAUACCCUGUCAACGCCGUCGUCGUAGUAAAAGGUCUCCUAUCCCUCCUCGCAUCGUCCAGUCGCGGUCUCCGAUCCCUCCUCACAUCAUCAUUUCGCGUCCUCGCAGUUCUACUCCCAUUGCCAACCACAGGAGGAGGAGGAGGAGCAGCAGCAGCAGCAGCAGUUUGGCUUCUCGCAGACGGACCAGGCCUUGCCGCCGCCACGGGUGGUCUUGCCGGAGCAGCUGGAGCAGCAGCUGGAGGAGGAGGAGGAGGAGCGGGAAAUAAUCCAUAAUCAACAACAUCAACAUCAUCAACAUCAUCAUGACCACCAUCAUCAUCAAAACGAGGAUUUCCUCCCCCUCCCCCUCUGACUUUUCCUCCUCUCACUCCCUCAAACCCUCUCAAACCUUCGGCAGCAGUAGCGGUCGAAUCUCGCCCAGAGAUAAAAUCCUCAUUGGGACUCAUUGCGCUGGGAGCUUCGUAGCGAUCGGAAAUCAGACUGGGACUGAGAGCUGCAGUAGUAGCAGAAUAAGCAGAACUCGGGAGUUCGUUACCGUGCGAUGAAGCUCUACUUUCUUCACGGCCUUUCGUUGUUGUUGUUGUCGUCGUAGUAGUAGCACAAGAAACUCCUCUCGAGAAAGGAGGACUUUCUCUUCGUGGCGGUUUUAUACUUCUGUCUUCUCCAUUCCCAUUCCCAUUCCCAAUACCGCCACCAAUCGUCAUCGCAUUUCCCAAUUGACUUGGAUUCGCAAGUGAUUGGUGGGGACUAUCGGGUACAACAAAUCCCACAUCAGGAUUCGAUUCCCGACUCACGUAGCCACUAUCCGGAAAGACAGGAAACCGGAAACAUUCCUCAUUAUCGUGGUCAGUAGUAGUAGUAGCGGAAGUCCAAGUUUCCGAUCUUCGACCUCCUCCCCCUCCAGGCCCUGUAAUGCUCGAAAGAUUCGAGCCAUUGCGGGCAUGAUGUGAGGAAGAUCCGCGACAGAAGAAAGAAGGAGAUCUGGGUGGCGCGUGCGGAGAAGGAUGAUUGUCUGUGGGAGUGGUCGUAGUUGGUGAUCUGGUGGAAGAUUGUCGGCGUUGUUGGGACGAAUGUCGUCGGGACGAGGAGAGAAAAGAUAGACUGGGAAGUCGCGAAGAUGGUCGGGAGGACGCAGGUGUGGCCGUAGGCGGCGUUGUUGUUGUUGUUCUUGUUGUUGAUAUUUCUUCUACCUCAUCGUCUGCGGGUGCAUAGUAUACGGGUGUGCCGUGUUGCCCGGGCUUAUGCAGAAGUUUCCUCUCUAGCUUCUUGCGUAUGCGAAUGAGGAGGCUCAUUGUGGGAUGUGGCAGUGGGAAAAGCGUCUGGUCGAGUGAAUAAUCUCCAGUAUUUU